AAGUCUUUUGUCUGGACUGUUCUAACCAGUUGGCCCUGCCUUUUCAAUACAAAGGGGCAGCUCUAAACUACUGAAACAGCAAAGCAAAAGACACAAUGAAGUUCACAGACUCUCCAGUAAUCGACCUUAAAGUCCUCGAUUCUCAACUGUCCUUCCACCAAGACAAUGGCUCCAUGCACGUCGGAACAAGCGUAUGGCCGUGUUCCUUAGUCCUCGUCAAGUUCAUCGAACGUUGGCAUCCUCAAACAUCCUCAAUAACACCAAAUCCCUAUGCAGACAUCCUUAACUUCCACAACAAACGCGGCGUCGAACUCGGUGCCGGUUGCGGUGUCGCAUCCAUGGGAAUUUACUUAUUAGGUCUUCAGAACAUCAUUAUAACGGACAUUCCCCCCGUUAUGCCGGCGUUGAAACACAACCUUAAAAGAAACAAACCUGUUUUGAAAAAGUCGUUGAAAACGGCGCAGUUGAAUUGGGGGAAUGGGGAACAGGUGAAGGCGUUAUGUCCGCCGUUUGAUGUUGUAGUUGCUACCGAUGUUGUCUACUUGGAGGAGACUGUGGGGCCGUUGUUGUUGGCGAUGGAAAGUUUGGUUGGAGACAAUGGUGUUGUUCUGUUGGGGUAUCAGUUGAGGUCACCGGAAGCGCAUACGAAGUUUUGGGAGCUUUGUGGUGAGAUGUUUGAUGUUGAGAAGGUUCCGAAUGAGCAUUUGCAUCCGGAGUAUGCGUAUGAGGAGACUGAUGUUUAUAUUUUGAGGAAGAAGAAGAAAAUAUAGGUCUCUUAUUCGAAUUUGCGUUGCCUUAACAGGAAACCAAAUGUGAUAGACUAGGGGAAUCUGUGGGGUGAUCCAAAACCAGAGAUACAUAUAGUAACCGAUUCCAUGUAUCAGGCAGUCCAGGCAGGCACCAAUGGCUGCAAUCAGACGGUGGCUUUAAUUUUCUCUUCAUCGAUGCUAGUCCUGUCUUUUUGGCAUAGAUUGAUGGAUGUGCAUCUUCGCGGUACUUUGAGAGCUUGGUAAUGUUUAAAUAUCUUACGGGGACUCUCAUUUUUGACAAUGUUCUAUCAGUAAUCUCCAUCACGGACUCAGGCAAUGGUGUUACAUGUGAUGUAUCUGUGAUCGGUUGUGUUUUAUUGUAACAUCCAUUUUGACCUUUGUGUUCUGGGGAAAUGCUUCUAAAGAAAACUGUUGUUUUUGUCAAG